AUGGACAUUACGCCUUCUCGAGGAGACUUGGAGAGGAUGAAAAAGAAAAGAAGCGAGUCAUUUAAAGAAUAUGCUGUGAGAUGGAGAAACCCGGCGGCCCAAAUUACUCCUAAGCCUACCAACAAGGAAUUGAUGAAGUUGUUUGUGGAGAGCCUUCCAUCUGAGUUUCGUAAUCGAAUGGCCAGUACGUAUGUCGAGAGCUUCAAUCAGCUUAUUCCUAUAGGAGAACAGAUCGAGAUGGGGAUAAGAGAAGGAUGGUUUUCUAAGCCAUCUACUAAAAGGUUCUCUGCCAAGAAGGAGAAGGAAACGGCCGUGGAUGUGAACGUGGCUUAUAGCCAAGAAAAUGCCAAACGUGCCCCGGCUAUACAGGUAAACCCAAGACAGCAACAACCCACUGGCCGUCAAUCAUUCGCCCAAGCGAAUAAUAUAAGGCAGUUCUCCCCUCUCCCUGGGUCUCCAUCCCAAGUGUUGACAAUCCUAAAAAAGAAGGGUUUGCUUACUAGUGAACCAAAGUGCCCUAACCGUGAAGGCAUUUGUGGUUAUGACCCGACGAAGAAUUGUGACUACCAUAACGGUGAACUUGGGCAUUCAACUGAUGAGUGUUUCACCCUCAAGCACAAGAUCCAGAAUCUCCUGGAUACAAAGGUCUUUGCAUUUCGGAUUGCUCGGCCAAACGUUCAAAAGAAUCCGCUACCAGAGCAUGAGGGUACAGUGAAUGCUAUCCUGGAACCUGAAGUCGGACGGAUCAGGAACUCAAAGGUGCAUGUGGUAAAUGCCUACAACGGGCUAGUGAGAGCUGGGUAUUACCGAGGUCAGGAAGAUGUCCAUCUAUCGGUGAUGAGAGAAAGAGUUGCCAAAAUGGUGGAUGAUGGCAUCAUUGUGUAUGUUGAUCGUAACUACAUAGUUUCUACUAUCUCCCACCUCAUCAUCCAUUGGGAAGAGGAGCAGGCUGCACUUAAUGUUGACAAAAAAGAGGUUGAUCCUUCGCUUGUAGACAUGCCCCCAUUAGAGGAUGCAUCUGACGAAGAGAUAGUGAUAGAGGUGCCUCAGCCGUAUGAGUAUGUCAAUGAUAAGGCAGUGCCUUGGUCCUAUGACCUAGAUGUGGACCUUGUUACAAGGUCUGAUCGGGCCUAUGGUCAAGCCAGUGCUCAACCUGCAAAGCUGGUCACCGAUGAAGAGGCUAAGGAGUUUCUGGCUGUAAUCAAAGCAAGCGAGUAUAACGUGGUUGACCAACUACGAAAGAUGCCUGCUCAGAUCUCCUUACUCGAGCUCUUGAUGACUUCCCUCGUGCAUCAAAAGUCACUAAUGAAGGCGUUGAGUGAAAUUCGUGUGCCAGAGAUCGUGGAUGCAGACAAGUUGGAAGAAUUCGUGGGAUCAGUCCUUCUCAAGGAUUUGAUUGCCUUCUCUGAUGAGGAAUUCCCUCUCGAAGAUAGGGGACAUAACAAAGCACUCUACAUAUCCGUUAAGUACAAGUCUUCUCAUAUGUCCCGAGUGCUCAUCGAUAAUGGGUCCGCUCUGAACAUUUGUCCAUUGGCCACUCUUCACUGCUUUAAGGUAGACCUGUCAAGGAUACAUGCCGCGAAGACUUUGGUGCGAGCUUUCGAUGGAACAAAAAAGGUGAUGAUUGGGAAAAUCCAUCUCGAUGUCCAAAUAGGGCCGGUCGUCUUCAACAUUCCCUUCCAAGUGCUGGACAUCCCUACUACAUUCAAUUUCCUGCUAGGUCGUCCCUAG